AUGUCUGCCAAUCCGUUCCUCUUAGCUGCCGACAAUAGCCCAGCUCUAUUACCUCUCCUUCGAGAGAAUCCUAAUCUAGCUUCCGAACAGGACUCUCACGGCUACUCCCUAGUUCAUGCGGCAGCAAGUUAUAAUCAUCUCGAUCUCCUCCGUACCCUAAUCCGCGAGUUUAAUGUGGAUGUCAACUUGCGCGACGAGGACGACGAGACUGCUCUCUUCGUGGUUGAAACUGUUGAAGCUGCUCGCGCUCUAGUUGAGGAAUUGGGAGCUGAUAUUACGAUCAAAGGCUCUGAAGGAUAUACGGCUUUCCAGAAAAUAGUCGAAGAGGGUGAUUUCCCAGAGGUUGCCGAGUACCUAAAAACCAAGGAAGAUACCAGUCAUGCGCAGGUCCUGUUGAAUGGGACCAAUGGGGACACAAACGCCGCGCCGCCUAUACCAGAUGGCCUCAGAAUAUCCGUUAGCACAGUUACACCUGCAGAGGAGACCGAACUCGAGGUUGAUCCCGAAUUUCGAAGAAGGAUAGAAGAGUUGGCUGAACGGGACGACUUUCACUCCGAUGCUGGCCAAGCUGAGCUCAGGCAACUAAUCCAAGAUGCCAUAGCGGAACGUAAUCCCGCGGAUCGCAACGUUCGUCCAAGACAAGACUAA